AGGAGAGAGGAAAAAACGGCUCUCAGCAAAGCAACAAGAAGGAAGAGCAAUGGCGACACUGGAUCGCCAAAUACCAAGUCCGGAUACCUUCCUUUGCGAGCCUUGGUCUUCCUUCGUCAGUGCGGCUAAAUUACGUUUUGUUGACAACUCGUCCUUGGAUAAGAGCGAGAAACAGCUUUACUGCCUCGCUGAAGCCGUGAGGCUCAGCAAAGAAGAGAUGCUUGUCUGCAGCCAGUUUCCAGCACUGGAGGAUUUUUGUCUUGCUGUCUGCCAUGUCUGCAAUCAGGUGGUCACUCCUCAUGGCAUCCUCACACACUAUGAGAAGCGUCACGGCUCCCCCGCCACCUCCAGGAGCCCCUUGGUCCCCAUGAAGCCCAAAGCACCUGCAGUGGCCCCCGCGGUGGCUCCCAGUCCUGGGGACACGCGGGCCUUCAGGGUCCCUAAAGAUUACCCUCACUCCUGCUUCAGCAAGGCUCCUCUUGCUGUCUAUCCACCGAAGGGGGCACGGAACAAGACGUGUGUAUCCCUUCCAGUCGUAAGCCUGGAGAAGAUGCCCUGUCUCAGCCGUGCCGACUCUACAUCACAUGUGCACCUCACCACCUCCUCUUCCUCCCCCGCCUCCUCCCUCAAACCUCAGUCCCUCACUCCCGCGGCCUCCCAACGAUCCAGCGACAAGCUCAUGAACGGCCGUGGCACCAGCGGGGCGUCCACACCACGCUCCACCGCUUCGCCAUCUUCUCUGGUCGGGCGGCCCAGUCCGGCACGCUCUCCACUAGACAGAGGGCUGUCGUCUACACCUUCGCCUUCCCUGCUGGACCGGAAACCCUCCCCGACCCCUUCCCCUACCCACCGAUCUGGCACUCUGCCGCCCUCGUUGUCGUCGCCAUUGGGGAAGAAGCAGCAUAACGGGCCUAAGACUUCCUGCGGGUCGCAAAAAAGACUCUCGGGGAGAGUGUUUGAUCCUAACAAGCACUGUGGGGUCCAGGACCCCGAGACUAAGCGGCCCUGCACACGGUCCCUCACCUGCAAGACUCACUCCUUAACCCACCGCCGAAACGUCUCCGGCCGAAGCAAACAUUUCAACAUCCUCCUGGCCGAACACAAGGGGCGUGCAAAAUUAAAUGAAGGAGCGAAGGAGAAAGACAGGGACAGAUCGCAGGGAGGGAAGGAAGGCAGCAGCCAGAGUAUCUUGUCACAAGAGACAACAUGUCCCAGCAAGCCUCACUGCCCAAAUGGACGACCUCUGUCCAUGCUGAAGCUACGGCUGGCAAAUGCACACAUACCCAGGGUUCCAGGCUCCACCACCUCCACCUCCAGUCCUCCUCCUGCCCCGGCCCUUAACCCAGAGCAGUCUCCCCACAGUUGGGUGGCAGCAGCAGCAGAAGGCGGUCGACUUUCCAGUGAUGAGGGAGACGCAGAGACUCUAGAGGACACUGACAGACCUGCCUUUCACUACUCCAAUCGCCACCCACAGCCUUUAGGGUUUUGCGUAUUCAGCAGCAGGCUCAUGGGACGGGGCCACUAUGUGUUUGACAGACGAUGGGACAGGAUGAGGCUGGCGCUCCAGAACAUGGUAGAGAAACACCUGAACGCACAGAUGUGGAGGAAGGUGCCUCUGGCUGCUGAGAGCCUCCUCUCCCUCUCCUCCUCUGGUACCUCCCCCGUCACUUCCCAACAGACUCCCCCUCCCACCUCCGUCACUUCUCCUCCCCUCUCCUCCCCCUCCAACUCUCUUUCCUACACCGCCACAUUUCCUCAGUCUGCAUCCAUUGCCGGGGUGUUCAGCAUUCGAGACGCUCCGCAGCACGUCGCCCCAGUUUCUGCACUGGGUAAAGCCCGUAACGGCACGCAUAAAGCCAGCCGCCCAUCCAAAGACAUGGUGGACUCUGUAGUGGGAUCUAAGAGGAGAAAAAACUCUUCCUACUCCUCCUCCUUUUCUCCUUCUUCCUUGUUUCCGACUGUGGAUAAUCAAAAGAGGAACGGCAGCAGCUAUCAUCCAAGGUUACAAGGUUCAGGGGGGGCAGCAGCAACAGCAGCAACCCCAGCCAGGAAAAAGGGACUUGGGCACAGGGGAAGUAGGCUUUGGAGCAGCGGAGAGGACUGGCUGUCGCGAGCCGAUGGGUCUCAAAGCCACAACUCACAGAACAGUCGCGAACUUGGCACGACCAGUAUACCCUACUCACCCAACAGGGAGCCGGCCUCUGCCCCCCAUCAGCCCCUGGCUUCCCCCUCCGGACCCUUGGCUUAUAAAGAAGGAGCAGAGGGGAGGAAGAGGAGGAGUCCCAGCUCGUACACAGGGAAGGCCAGCAAGCUGAGCAGACCGGGCGGGUUGGAGAGCCUCUUUGGGAAUGGGAGCGACAGCGUGGGAAUACUGGCUUCGGGGCCAGAGUCCCCAAGACAUGCCAAGUUGCAUCACUGACAGAAACCUGUUUCAUGGACAGAAUGUUGGGCAGCUGUGCAGCCCACCACCGUUUGUGACCUUUGACCUCACCACUCUUCCGCUGACAGCACCAAUCAGACUGCUUUAUCUCGAUGGUUUCACCCCUAUUCAUCCAAUGACGGUUCAGUUCACCUGCUGUGACAUUGGGGAUCUGGAGUCUUUGCCCACAGUUGGCUGGCAGUUACUUUCACUCUCCAACUUUAACCUUUGAUAAUGGAUGGCUCCAUCGCUGAUGGAAAACUGCUGUGCCCUGACUAUGGAAUAUGCCUCACGUUUUCAAGGCAUUGGUAAUAUAAUGCCACCACUGUACAAUUUUGGGGGAGACAUUUUUUUUUUUUUUUUUUUUAAACAAUCAGUUUAUUUUCUGGUUGUUUUGACCAUUUUCCUGAUUCCUGUGUCUGGUCAGUGACAAGGAAAGAGGUCUGUGAUUGUUAUUGUGAGUAAGAUGGCUGAAGGACCUACUGACACGACUACUGUAGGACUCAGCCUUCAUUUAUGCCACCUCAACACCCCCCAACCCACCUUCUUUUUCUUGAUUUUAGCUUUCCCUCUUCCUCAUAGAUGGAAGCCAACAGCAGCUUUAACUUUUGGUUUUAUCCAGCUUUUUCCUCUUUUUCAACCUCUUUUUCUUUAUUUCUCUCCAUCUUUCUUUCCUACUUUUUGUCAACAUCUCUACAAUUCUCUUCUUCCCUUUAUCCCCACCCCCCAUCUCUCCCUAUCCAUCCCAGCAUGCCUGUGUUCAAAGUGCACUUACAGCCCACGCUUCCCCCUUGCUUCCUUCUUCACUGACUCCAGCAGUGCCACACCAAGGACCUGUUCACACAAGGGAAGAAAAAAAGAUCUAUGUUACCAAUGAUGCCGAUGUAUUUCGAUAUAGGAUUUGAAGAUUGUUUUUUUUUUCUUAGUUCUGGUUUUAAAUGUUGCAAGAAACACAAACCCCUGUCUGUGCGUCAGGACUUGCAUCCAAAAAGGAAUGAUUACUACCGUGUUGGAUCGUUUUUUUAAAUUUUUUUAUUUUAUUUUAUUUUUUAUAAUUUAUCGUUUGUUUUCCAACUGACCCUCAAGGUUUGAGCUAAAGAGACUUUUUGAGGAAAAGAGUCAUUUCUAUGGCAUUUUGAAGAAAUGUUGAAAGUAUUAUGAUGGUUCAUAUUGUUGAAAAUGUGUACAUAUCGAUUAUUAUUUUUGUAUUUAUUAAUAAUUGUCCCCUUUUACUAAAUAUGAGCUAAACAGAGUAUUUUUGCCCCCAUACCUAGGUCUGUGUUAAAUGAUAUUGAUGAGAUUGGCCUGAUUUCACAAAAUCUUCAAGGAAUUUGUUCAUUAGCAAGUUUUUAAAUUAUUACUAAUUAAUACACAAACACAGCAAAAUAUGAACUUUGACUGUGGCUGCUGUGUAUGCCAUUUCCAUUUCGCCGUGCAGACAGUUCACAUACCGUGGCAAAUUCUGAAAAAGAUAUAUAUAUAUAUAUAUAUAUAUAUAUAUAUAUAUAUAUAUAUAUAUAUAUUUUAUUCAGGCAUGUUCUAAUAACUGUUAUGUGUAGCUUAUAUUGUUGUCUGACAAAAAUAUCUUAACUCAAGGAACACUCACAUGUGGUUGCAAACUCCACAAAAGAAAACUGUUCCAUUUCCAUAAAAGUCAGAAAUUUAAUCGAGUAUGUGCUAUUUACUAAUUGUUAAAGAAUACUGUAAAUUAUACAAUACAGUAUAUGCACCAAUAUAUGUCAGCCAAACUGCAACUUUGUGAAGUUUAAUUGGCAGUAGCUUUCCAAUAAGAAAGCAGAAUACUUUUUCCAAAGAUUUUAUAGUGGUUGUUUUUUUUUGCUAGAUCUUUUUGUCUCACCACUGCCUGCAAAUGGUGUAUUUUAUUUUUUUUCAGCAAUAAGCAGCUUCUCCAUUUCCAUAAAGGUCCAUCAACUGCACACUCAAAGUAUUUUAUUUCAGUAAUUUUUAGAAUGCAUGCUGACUUGACUCUUGAGUCUACUAAAUUUUGUCACUUUUCCAAUGUGAACACACUACAUACUCAAAACCUGCAUAGAAUGAGUCUGUAGUUUGAAAUGGGGACAUAGCCACAGCCUUCAUCAGCAGAUGGAGUGUACUCCGUUGCCCUGGAGACGGCUCAGGUGCCAUCACAUGAAGAGGGGGUCUAGUCCAUAAAUAACCCAUGAGUUAAGUUUUAGUUAUCUAAGUAUUAUAUCUAAGAUUAAUAUGGAACCUUCACAGUCAAUUAUUUUGAUGCAUUAUUCACCAUGUCAAACGUAAGAAAUGAUGUCAUCGUUUAACUGGGCUAUAGAAUUUGACUUGGUCCAAAAUGUAAGUUGACAGUCAUGUUUCUACACUGGUAUUUCUUCACAUUUCUAAUAGCUCAACAAUUUGUAUCUGACGUACGCUAAUGAACAAAGGUUGAUUUUGUGACACCAGGCCUUGGUUAGUAUUUUCAUAUAAAGGGACCCACAUUCCUUUUUGCCUGUGGAUCCACCCUCUUUCAUACUUCUUCCAUUGUUCAAAACUAUAGCUAUAUAUUUUUCAGCCGUCUUUAUCUUUCAGUACCGAUUGGUCUAGUCUCAGUGCAAUUAUGCUUGUUGUGUAUGUAAAAAAAAAAAAUCAAAGCCAGGUCAAAGUGCUUUCACUUACUUCUCAGCUGCACCCGUCAAGAUUGGUACCAAUUCUUCUCUGGUGGCUCAGUAGUUCACUGCGCUGUAAAUGCAGCACAUUCAUUCCUUUGAACCUUUUAAUGUCUUCGAAAUAACGACAAGAUUAAAAAAAAAAAAAAGUUAAAAGUGGUAUUAUUAAAUGGUAAAAACCUUUUAAAAUGUCUGAAAAGUACCCUGUCUAUUCAUCCGGUGUUGCUGAUAAAGCCAAAGUAACUGAAACCAUUUAGAUUUGCUUGGUAGCAGCGUGACGCUGUAAGCGCCGCUCCCACCUGGUACUCGCUGGCUGCUUCAAAUAACUAUUUGUUGAUGUUUUUUUGUCGUUUUUUUUUGUCUCAAAAGCAUCGAAGCACUAUUGAUGUACAAAAUCAGUUGUAUUCGUGUUAAAGCUUUUUCCAAGUGCUUCCCAUGAUGACACUUUAUUCUUCAGUGUGUGAGAUCGUCAAAGUACUCUAGAUCAGUUUAGUGAUACUUUAUUUUACUGUAGACACGCAAGGUGUAUCCGGGGUACUCGUGGUGUACAGUUAACUCGUUGCAAUUACAGUGUACACUUUCUCUGUGUCACGCAACGUACCAACAGAUGUACUAGUACAUAGAUGGUUUAUGUUGGUUUAAUGGCUGAAAACAAUGGUUUUAGGUGGGAAUUAAAGGUUUAGUUUCCGCUCAGUGUGUCCGCAGAUCAAAGAUGACGAUCUUACCGCUGACAUGUUUUUGGGGAAUCCCACCGUGAUUUACUGUUUAUGGUAAUAGAAAUGGGAAGUUACCAUCUGUUGCAGCUAAAAUUAAGACAACGUUCAUGAAUUUAAGAGCAGUUGUAUAUUAUCUUUGCUGUUGAAUUUUAUGGAGGUAUUGACAGUUUUUUUUUUAUUUUUUUUUUAAAGCCAACCCUCUUUCCUUUUUCUUUUUUUGCACUUUGUCAUAAUGCCCAGAUCUUUAAUCAACUUCUAUUUAUAUAAAUAUUUGAGAUAUUAAAAACAAAUCUAUAUCUAUAUAUUUGUAAUGGUGUUUCUGGCAACUACAGUAAAAGAAGAUGAGUGUAUUCUCAGUGAGUCGGCCCCUAAACCAGUUGUUGUAUUUGAUCCAAACUGUGUAGAAUGUCUGAAAAAAUGCCUUGUAAGAUUCGCUGUUUAUUCACUCUCACUGAAGUUGGAUCAGAACAAGGAUUUUCCCAUCAAAACAACUAAACACUUGCUGUAUAAAAAAAAAAUAGUCUUAUAUCCAAGCUUUUAUUAAAUGAUUGAAAGUGGAUGUUGUGUUAUUUGUAAAUCAAAGAUGCAGCUUUUGAAUUGGAAGGAAAGUCCCACUGAUUUUUUGUUGUUGUUGUUGUUGUUGUUUUGUACAAGUUGAGUGGUUUCCGUGAAAGGUUUCUUGAUCAUUGAUGUCUUACAAGAUAUUUUGUGUUGUUUGAGAAGAGCAAACACGUCUUCUGUGGCUGUCAGUGUUUCACAAAGGAGCUUCAAUUAUGUAUUGUGUGCUUAAAUUCUUACCAGAUGCAUCUGUAAUUGCCAUGUUCAUUAUUGAAACCACUGAACUGGGCUGAGACCUGAGAAGAGUUGCAACAUUUGACACUUUUCCCCAAAUUCAGUUGUCAUGAUUUCUUUUCCCCCAGCAUCCUGGCUCCAGUGACUGGCUCUUUGGUCCAGACUGAAACAUCUCAACAGCUAUCAGACGAAGAGGAUCAAUCCUACUGACUGGUGAUCCCAUGACCUUUCCUCUUAGUGCUACCAGCAGCGGAAAGCGGACUUCUGAGAACUAAGCUCUGCUCUGUCCGGGCAUUCACCAACAUGAAAGGACACUGCUGGCAGUAAACAGACAUUUUCACGCUCUCCUGUGCUUUUCUACUCAUCCUUACCUGUGAAUCUUUAUGAAACAAGGUCAGGAAAUAUGUAAAUAGUGCAUUUUUGUUAUGAUAGUAACCGUAACUGCCUCGUCCAAACUUUAGCAACACAUUCCUUCUGUCCGUCAUCAUUUACAAACUGUGCCAAAGUUUUGCUGCUCAACACGUGUGUUUGUCUUGUGGUAGAGCUCACAGAUUAUUAAUAUAACUAAUUGAGUCAAGGGAAAAAACAAUUAAAUUUAACAUUGACCUUAAAA